AUGUUUUUACGUCGACAAAACCUUCUUCUAUGCACAGUGUUAUUUAUACGAUUAGAUGCUGUCAAUAUUUCCUAUGUGGCUCGAGAGCUUACAUCGAUCUCAUUGAUAACCGCUGAUCUCAAUGACGGGUCCAUUCGCAAAGAAACUUUGCUUGCUAGCGGGUUCACGGAAAGUGACGAAGUACAUUUAGCUGUUAAUGACAAUACGGGAACCGUUUACUAUUCGCUUGAUGGGAAAAUUAAUUAUGCCUUUCCGAAUGCGAAGGAAACCACAAAUGUCCUGGGAAUUUUUUCAAUAUUUAUGGAUGAGAAAAUAUCUUCUUUAGCUGUAGAUAGUACUAAUGAAUUGUUGUACGUUGGAAUAGCCAAUGAAGUUGUUGAUACACCGUCAAGGAUCGAAGUGUGCCCUUCGUUGACCCGGGAAAAUCUCAAGGAAUGCGCCAUUUUGCUCAACGAAAUCUACGGGAAACCACAUUAUAUGGUGCUCGAUACGGCAAAUGGAUAUAUGUAUUGGAUCAACAGUGAAAUGAAUCGAAUCGAACGAGCAUUGUUGAAUGGCAAAAAUUACGAGCCGGAGCUCUUUCAGCAAUCUGAUGCGCUUUUUGUAGUGCGAGCUGUCCAAGACCAAUCUGAGAUAUGGAAAUGUGAAUUAAAUGGCCUAUAUGAUUGCAAACCAAUCGCUUUAAAAGAACCGAUCCUGCAUUUUGUGGUUCUAAAUGAUUUGCUUCUUUGGUCAGCACUAAAUAGCGGCCUGAGAUAUUGUCAAAUCAACGAUUGCCAACUCGAAUCCCGUAUUCUAAAAUCUACUUCUCCAGAAACGAGUCCAUUGGAGUUAUUUCUACCAUAUACUACCGGCCACCAUACAAACCCAGUCUCUAAAUGUCAACAAAAUAAUGGCGGAUGCUCCCAUUAUUGCUUUCCACUAAAAGGAAACCAUAGUUGCGCUUGCGGGAAGAGUGUAAAACUCUUGCUCGAUCAAAAAAGUUGCGACCCGCGUGGCCCAGAUGAGGUCUUGUUAAUUGCUGCCGUCAGCGGUUUAUUUAUGCUGCCCACAGAUACCAAUUUCACGGUGCCAAUUUUGUUGCAACCGAGUAACGAUACAACAAUUGCCAGGGAUCUUGACUGGAAUCCACGAACUCGACAGUUAUACUGGAUCGAUGCAAGCGAGAUGGUAGUGAGAAGUGCUUAUUUAAACUAUACAAACGUCAAGGUAUAUGAUGAAAAAGGGCGUUCAAAAACCCUGGCAAGGAAUUUGGAUUCGCCAGCCGGUCUUGCGUUGGACACAGAGAAUGGGGAUGCCUUUUUCACGGCCAUUUAUAAUGGCUCGCGGCGCAUUUUCAAGGCAAACCCGUUGCGUGUUGGAUUGGAAAUUUUGAGCCAAUGUUCCUAUGCCGUUACCUCGUUGGAGCUCGAAAAAAAUACGCAGAAACUCUUUUGGGCUGACGACAAUGGGAUCAAAGUGGUGUUGAAAUGUUAUAAUAUUGAAGCUGACGUCAAAUUGAUAAUCCACGGAAUUUUCGGGCAUGCCGGAAUGAGAGCCGUUUCCUUACAUCGAACAUUUACAACAUCUUCUCGUUGUUCGAAUGAAAAUGGUGGCUGUGAACAUUUUUGCGUAUCCAGGCCACAAAAUAAAUUUGAAUGUGCCUGCGCAGACUUUCACGAGCUUCAGACCGAUGGGAAAAGUUGCAAGCCAGCAAAUUCAAACUUAUUGAUAGGUCAAUCAGGCAAAAUCUUCUUAAUCGAGAGCUCCGGAAAAUUACGAGAACUUUCCACGCCGCCCUGCUCUUCCAACCUGAUGGCAUUUACCGUAAAUCAGUCGAACAAGUAUCUAAUACUCGCACACAGCGAUGGCAAAAUUGGCGAAAUCUGGGGUAUAUUUUUAAAUGGGACUGAUCCACGGCAGAUCUACACGCACGAAUCAUUAGCGGAUGUGAAUUCGAUUGCGGUUGAUGAAAGGACAAGGAAUAUUUAUUGGUCUACUCCCUCUGGCAUUGUGAUGAUUGAUUUGAACGGCCGUCACCAGAAAUGGCUAUUUUGGAAGAAGCAAUCUGUCAUUAAGAUUGAAAUUGAUUCGUUGACCUCGAAUUUAUUCACCCUUGGCACACAACCAAAUGCCAUAUUUAAAAUGAACAUGGAUGGCUCUAAUUCGCAAAUUAUAAAACGUUUCACGAAUCCGGUUUCGAAAAUGACGAUCUCUAGCAGUGAAAAGAAAUUUUUCUGGGUAGACGAGGCUGCAAAUGAUACGAAAGUAAUGGUUAUGCAAAUGGAUGGAAAAAAUGAAAAAGUGAUGGAGCGCGCACGAAAUCGUAUCUCUCAACUUGUGGUUCUGAAUAAUGAAGUUAAUUGGGUUGAUGAAAAGGUGCCCCUGCUGAGGAAGCCGUACUCAAACAAAAUUGUUAAACUCGAAAUUGACGUCAAGAAAGUUGUUGGCUUGGGACAGAUUGAACACACGGCUGAAAUCUUUGAGAGCAAAGUCUGUGACUCAACUUUGUGCCCAGAGCUGUGCGUGCAAAACCAGGGUGAAUCGAUUUGCAUGUGCUCGGAUCACCAUUACAUGAUUGAAAAUGAAUGCAAAGCACUCGAUUCCUUCAUCUACAUAUUAACAAAAAAGGGAAUUUACAGAAAGCUGCCGGAAGGAGACAAGGAUCCUCUUCUAAAAACAACCAUCUUCACGCAUGUCCCAUCCGAAUUAAUCUAUGCACAGCUGGGCUCAAAGCUGUAUUUUAUUGGACCAGGCCCUACUGCAAAUUUGUUAUAUUUUGGAACCGAUUUUAGUCAACUAUCGGAAGUUACCGUAGCCCUGCCAAACCUGAAUUGCACUAAAAUCAGCUCACUGGCCUUCGAUGACGUUGGGAGUCAGUUAUUUAUCGCAUGCAGUGAUGUUAAAGACUAUAGUUAUGUUCACGUAUAUAAAGUUGAGGUCCAUGACAGUAAUGUAGAGCUUUCUUUUAUUGGUACAGUGCUGUCAUCGGCAGAGCGUAGGCAACGACAACUGAAUUUUAUCUCGAGUAUCUCUACGUGGUCAGCAUCGGCACGUAUCAAAAACCAGCCAUUUAUCAAUGUGGUUUUGAUGGAAAGAACUGUCGGAGACUUUAUUGUUCCUGACAUUGGAGUGAAACACCAUUACAUCAGACAGCACGCCGAUUCGGUUCUAAAUGUCGCUCCGAUAUCUGCGGAUACUGUGUUGGUAUCGGAAGACGGGUUAUUAGUGCUUAACAAUAAGGAUAACUUACGAGAACUGAGCACAAUGGAAAAUAUCAAUGGAUUACUGUAUUUACCCCCGCUAACAAAACGGGAGAACAGGAAGACGUGCGCUAAAUCGGAGUGUCAUUUCAUUUGUGCAAUGGAUCGAAAUUCAAAAGGGUUUCGCUGUUUGUGUCCCAUUGAUUUUAUUCCUGAUCGACAUAGGCCAAAUAGCUGUGUCCCAGUUACGAGAUGCCUUCCCUGGCAAUUUCUAUGUGAUGAUGGGAGGAAUUGCGUUCAUAAGGCUGCUAGAUGUGACUAUAGCCGGGAUUGCCGUGACAACAGCGACGAAGAAUCCGCUAUUUGCGAGUUGGUAGGUGUGGAUCGAUGGCCAUGUGAUGAUGGACGAGGCAAUAUUAUGAGAACUGCAUAUUGCGACGGAAGAGAGGAUUGUGCAGAUGGAUCUGAUGAACGCUUCUGCCGGUGCGCUGAAGACGAAAUGGAUUGUCUUGCUUGGCCAAAGUCAAAAGAUAUGCAAUGCAUUCAUAAUAGCCGGGUCUGCGAUGGGUAUUCUGAUUGCGAAAAUGGACUCGAUGAGAAUCCGAUGUUAUGCUCAAAAGAAGGCCAUAAGCCAAAAACCAGCGGGCCAGAAUUCAUGUAUCUGGCUCUGCUUUUAUUCAUUUGCAUCCCGAUUUUUGGAAUAUUAUGUUGGUGUUGCAUGCGACAAAAAACACCAAUAAUGUCGAGAUAUGCAAAUCCAGGGGCGCAGACGAUAUUCCUCAGCCAAUCAGAACGAACACCAAGAAAUGUGGAUAUAUCGAUGGGUACUUAUAGUAUCGCUGAUAGUGGAUCGACCUAUGCUCCACUUCCACCGCCCGAUCCAAAUCCACACGCAUCUUUUAUGACUGUCUGCCGCCCACCAUCGCAUCAUGGUCAAUAUAUUACUUUCUAUGCGCCCCCGCCAAGUGCGGCUAGCUUCUCGACCUAUGGUGUUGUCAAGCCGGUCGUUUUCCGGUCUUCUUCAAGAUCGAAUAAGUUGAAGCACGGGAAUCAUAGCCGCGAUUGUGACUCCUUUGAGUGGAUUAUCCAACCGAAAUUCCUAUUGAUGCUGAAAGUUCUAGCGAUAGUCAACGGGUAUCAAUUUUUAGUCGAACGGAAAACCGUACCAAAAGCCGAACUAAACACCGAAAAGACCGGCCAUUACUUGCACCUUCAAAUAGCCUCUUUGAACCUGCCGAAGACGCCGGCGAAACUAAAGAAGGUGAUGACUGCUGGCGGGUUGAAGGACGUG